CAAUGACAGGAGCUAGGCCUAUUUAUAAUCCAUUCAGAUGGAAACCAUCAAGGUUUCUGCCCACCUUAUGCAUAUAAUAGGGUGGACGCAGUGAUUAAGCAUUCAAAAUAUGGACGAUGAAUGAGGGGAAAAGGGAAAGGAAUUGGUGACGUUUACGCUUAGUUAAAAGGCACAAAAACAGUGAUCUCCGUAACGGAACCCUGAGGGACCUGGACUGAUAUUGACAAAUCUAUCUGCAGUCAGUGCACGGCUUAACUAAGGUGACUCAAUAACUGUCUGUCACCCAUUAAUUUUAUUAAGUUUAUUGGUAAGGAAUAAACACCAGGUUAAAUGAUCCCUGUUGUGAUUUUUUAAGAAUAUUUCACAGUAAACUGUUUUGCACUAACACAAAACCCACCUGGAGACCUUAAAUCUCCCCAUGUCCUUGAGACGGCCGGGACUGGACCUCAUGGCAUUGAGCUGUGUGCCGGAGUUUUCAGAUAGAAACCUUGUCUGGGGAGUGUGGCCCAUUCAGGACCCCCACCCCCAUCAGUCCUCCCCCCUCGCUCCUCUCCUUGCCCGCUGCUCAGCCUCACUGAUCCCCUGCACAGCCGCAGUCCAUGGCGGUGCGCUUCCUCGCUCUCAUCUCCGUUAGCAGGCUCCGGUCUGCUCCGUCCCGGGCUGCGUCCUCCGCACCUGCCGCCAUCACAUAUCAUCACUGACAUGAAGUAGAAGGCUGCCGUUUAAUCCAGAGUCAUAUCUCCGAGAAUCGAGACGGGGGGCAUAAUGAGCGAGGAUGCGGCGAUCACCCCCAGCUGGCUGAGUCCUGACCCCACGUCCUGGGCCAGCGGUGGAGGGUCUCUGCUCACGGACAACAGCACCGGGGGUCUCGGGGCCUUCCCCUCGGAGGACAGCCUGGCCGCGGGGCCCCUGCCCCUGCUGGUCAACCCCUGGGACAUCGUGCUGUGCUCCUCCGGCACGCUGAUCGCCUGCGAGAACGCCCUGGUGGUGCUGGUGAUCUGGCAGAACCCGGGCCUGCGGGCGCCCAUGUUCCUCCUGAUCGGCAGCCUGGCCCUGGCUGACCUGCUGGCCGGCCUGGGCCUGGUGCUGCACUUCACCUGUGCCUACCUGCUGCGCUCCGACUCGGCCCAGCUGCUCACGGUGGGGUUGGUGGUGGCCUCCUUCUCCGCCUCCGUCUUCAGCCUGCUGGCCAUCACCAUCGACCGCUACCUGUCGCUGUACUACGCGCUGACCUACAACUCGGAGCGCACGGCCGCCUUCACCUACACCAUGCUGGUGCUGCUGUGGGGGCUGUCGCUGUGCCUGGGGCUGCUGCCCGUCACCGGGGUCAACUGCCUGGCGGAGGAGGCGUCCUGCAGCGUGGUGCGGCCCCUCACCAAGAACAACGUGGCCGUGCUGUCCGUCUCCUUCCUGCUGCUCUUCGGCCUCAUGCUGCAGCUCUACGUGCAGAUCUGCAAGAUCGUCAUGCGCCACGCCCACCAGAUCGCCCUGCAGCACCACUUCCUGGCCGCCACGCCCCACUACGUCACCACGCGCAAGGGCGUGUCCACGCUGGCAAUCAUCCUGGGCACCUUCGCGGCGUGCUGGAUGCCCUUCACCGUGUACUCGCUGGUGGCCGACUACACCUACCCACCGCUGUACACCUACGCCACGCUGGUGCCCGCCACCUACAACUCCGUCAUCAACCCCGUCAUCUACGCCUUCCGCAACCAGGAGAUCCAGAAGGCGCUGUGGCUGGUGUGCUGCGGCUGUGUGCCGGCCGGGGUUGCCCAUCGCGCCCGGACCCCCAGCGACGUCUGACCCCCCCCCCCCCCCCGCCACGUCUGACCUUCCGCUCAGCCCCCCUGGGGCGAGAGGGCUGGGGCAGAGAGGGGUUACGGGCGAGGGGCUGCGAGCCGCUCCUCCCUGGUGUGUAGAGGGGGAGAGGGGGCUGCGGUGAGGGGAAGGGGGGACUCACAGACAGAAAAGGGGGAGAAACAUAGUCCUCACAUGGCUCAGACUGAGCAACAGUCCCCAGCGACCGGAUGUUUAUUUAUUUAUUUAUUGUGCUCAGCGUAAAGGGUGCAUCAUGUCUCUUCCAGCAGACGGGUUCUGUCCGGCCGCGUCGGGAGGGAGCCGGCCACGCCCUUCUCCUAUCAGAGGAGCUUUGUGCGGAAACAGCCGCUAUCAGCCGCAGCCGCCGUAAACAGAAUGUGAAGAGCAGCAAUGCUUUUGUUAACAGGUGAUUUUAUUCACCUUCCAAAUUGAAUAGAGAUUAUUAUUAGAGCAUGCAACUCGGCGCCCUUGCGCGUAAAUGUGCUCGACAGCAAAAAGAUCAGCAAAGCCCGUGUGUGUGUGUGUGUGUGUGUGUGUGUGUGUGUGUGUGUGUGCGUGUGCGUGUGCGUGUGUGUGUGUGUGUGUGUGUGUGUGUGCGCAACGUGUUGGAUGGAGAAGGAGGACGGGGAAGUGGAGGUGAAGGCGGGAGGGCUAGCGUUAGAGACGCAGGCAUGUCCACAAAGGAGCCGCGUCUGGGCCGGGCCGUCUCGUCUCGCUGCUGCACUCUGGACGUGCUUCGAAAGCUAAACCAGCACGGAGGGCUAAAAAUAGCCUCGUCUCUGAUCCGCGCCCAGCGUCCUCCACACCGAGGAAGGAAUCAAAUCGCUCCCCGUUCUCUAUGUCUCUAACCGCGUUUCAUUUUUACUCUAUCUCGAAAAAUGAGUUGUGCGUUAAUUUCAAAGCUCCGUGUAUAACCCCCCGGGCGAUUUGAACCCCUCCACUGCUCCGCUGCAGCGGUGAUCAGGGGAUUUACAGCCGGGUCCUGAGUCUGACCGAGCUAUGGGGGCUGCAGUCUGCGGGAAGAACGUCUAGCGGAUGAUUCGUCGCUAAUCGGUCUGCACAAAGUCUGGUUCUGAAUGUAAUUCUGUUCAUCGAAUCAAUAAUGUUCAAUUCCCCGCAAACAUUGUCAGCCUGUACUGUGCAAUUAAUGUGCAUGCUCGACUUCAAUGUAAUUUGCAUGCACCAAUCACAGGAGUUGAGUCGUUUCUGCUCCACUGUUAACAUGCGCUGUAACGUGAUUGGCCAAACGGGCUAAGAAAGAUGAGAAUUCAUCAUUUUUGUAUGAUUCGAUACCGAUCGUGUUGUAACUGGACCAAAAAUCUUUUUAAUCUCAGUCAGUACCUCACGUGUAACAUGAAAUGAGCUAAAAUCCAUCACAAGACGUGCCAUACUCCGUCAUGCCAUGUUUUAGAGCCUGGGAGAUGAACAGUUUGGUUCUUCCUGCUGGGAGCUGAUUGGAUCAGUGCGUUCUUCAUCUCAUCCACACACCCACUGCCCCAGCUGGGAUCUCGGAGUGUCUCAUCCACAGCAUUGCGGUCCGAGUGAUUUGUUAAAAACACACCAUGUGGUUUUCACAAGAGCAUCAAACAGACGGAUCAUGGAAAAGGGUUUCUACUAUUCAUCAAUAUCCUCAUCAGCAAUAACUCGCCCGGCCGCGUUGGUGAUUUUAUAGAUUUGAAGCAAUAGUGAGAGAGCAAUAACAUCCAUGCCCUACAUCACAUCUCUUCCUGUCCUGCGUCUGGAUGUCCGACCCCAGUAUGAAUGAGGGCUGACCCCCAGCCCCAGGCGGAGUGGGCCUUUCCUUCAGUUGGAUCCUUACCACUUGGCACUCGGACUCUACCAUUUGGACUGGAAAGGGGAAAUACAUUAAACUGCCGCUCAUUAACUCAUUUGCCACCAAUGCCACUGCCUCAUUCAAUGUGCAAACGGUUUCUGUGACCCACAUUCUGGGCUUUCUUCACGUGUUAUAACUGAAUAGAAUUGUGUAAACCUGUUUGUGAGCUAGUUUUCUGUUGCCUCUGCCUUUUGUGAGCAUCCAAACACGUUUUUCUUGUUCAUUCUUUCUGUGUGGUGUUAGACCGUGUGAACAGGAGCCUCUUGGUGUGUGUUCCUGCACGGGGGCACAGGUGCAUGAUGACAUCCUGGGUGUGUGCAUGUGUGUGCAUGUGUGUCCGUGUGUUGGUUCAGCAGCUCAUUAAAUCGCCUUUCUCUCCGGAGAGGAACACAGCUCUGGCAACUUCCUGCUGACCCCUGACCUUUGGAGGUUAAUGCUGCCAGUCUUCCUGUCCAAUGAUAAAAGUGGCCUGGUUCUGUGUGUGUGUGUGUGUGUGUGUGUGUGUGUGUGUGUGUGUGUGUGUGUGUGUGUGUGUGUGUGUGUGUGUGUGUGUGUGUGUGUGUCUGGGUGAAGAGGUGAGGAGAGCUGUCUGGGACAUGGACUCUACACUGACUCCAGCGCUUCAAGCCAAAGUGAACGGAGACGUCCGGUAGAUGUGGAACCCCAGUCCUGGUUUAUUUUUUGGGGCGCCUCUCUUCUCUCUAGUAGAACUGGAACUGGUCUUCUCUGCUUUAAACCUCCCCACCCAGCAGGGUGUCUGCUCGAUGGGACCUCUACUUCCGGCCCCUCAGAUGAGGCCUCUCCAUCGCCUCCCUCCACCCCCCACCCCCCACCCCGUGGUGUCUCAGUCCCCUCAGAGGAACCUCAUGCUGUCCUCCAAAUGGACAGUCCUCAUCAUACCCACUUCUUGAGGAGCCAUUGGUUAAAAAUAAAUACUGCAACUGGGGAAAUGUUUUGACCAAGCAUUAGAAAGGCAUUUUCUGAGAACUGGAAUGUAGCCUGUGUGUGCACGUGUGUGUGUGUGUGUGUGUGUGUAAACUUGUGCAAGGUGUCAGCCUGAUUGCUGUCAUUAGUUAAAACUGGUACGACUGAGCUGUGAAUCGUAACACCGUCCACCCUGUCCUUCCUCUGCCAGAGUAGUCUAUUUUGUUAUAUUCAUUGAAAAAGUUCUAUUUUUUUCCACUUCCAAGUCUGACCUGAAUUUAUUUUGGAUUCUGAUGUUGUAUUCUAUGGCGCUGUAAAGCCUUUUCUGAAUGUACAAGUUAUCUGAAGAAAAAAAAGGACAAACCAUGAGUCGUUUGUAUGAGGAGCCUCCUCCCCUCGACCAAUGAGGUUCUUGUAAAUAAGGCAUGCUUCAGAGGCAACCCUCGCCAAACCUUGCAUGGUGCUGAAGAGCCAGGGCAAUGACUGGAAUGGAAGUCAGGGGCUAACCCAAUUCAGAAUGACACUUCUCCUCGACCAAUAGCGUGUGUACCACAGUUGUGUUGAGUACUGUUUUCCUUCCCAGUUGUCUGUGCGCUCUAUAUGCCAAUGGUUCGCCAUGGCAGAUUUAAGGGACGAUAGCGCUUCUAGACACUUGGAUAUUGAGGGGCGGAUGGGGCUUGGGGCGGGGUUGUAGCCUAUGAUAAUAUCAAUCUCGCAACUGUGAAGGUUGGAGAUGAGCACCUCUCCAUGGCCGCUGAGCUGACGAUUACAAGGGCUUUGAAUCCGAAAAAAAAAGAAACCAUCCCGGACCAUGAUUGGUCCGCUGUGGCCCGACAGGCCCUGGCCCUGGUGAAGGAGGAGGCCCUCAGAGCAGAGAGGGAGGCCUGCUUCAAUGGGACUCAUUGCAGCCAUCUUGUUUAAGGGGGGGCGGGGGUUAUUUUGAUGGGUACCAAUCUAGAGCUAAAUAUGAAACAUUGAAGGGCCUGUGUGUGUGUGUGUGUGUGUGUGUGUGUGUG